ACGCCGGCGCUGUCCUCAGUUAGCAUUUCGCGAUAGUGGCGAUAACACCGUACUAGCAUGUCCAACAUUAAACUGUACACCGCCAAGUUAAGCCCACCGGGUCGGGCCGUUGAAUUGACGGCCAGUUUGCUGGGAUUGGAGUUAGAGAUCAUUCCGAUCAACCUACUGGCCGGUGAUCAUCGGAAGCCAGAGUUUUUGAAAAUGAAUCCUCAGCACACCAUCCCGAUUAUUGACGAUGGUGGCGUCGUGAUCCGUGACAGUCACGCCAUCAUCAUCUAUCUAGUGCAGAAGUAUGGCAAGGAUCUGGCUCUGUAUCCCGAUGAUCCGAUCACUCGGGCAAAGAUCAAUGCUGCGCUUCAUUUCGAUUCCGGUGUACUGUUCUCUCGAUUGAGGUUCUAUUUCGAACCGAUCCUUUAUGGUGGAUCGUCGGAGCUACCUCAACAUAAGAUCGACUACAUGCGGAAGGGCUACGAACUGCUGAACGAUGCCCUGGUCGAUGAUUACAUCGUCGGCAACACCCUAACGUUGGCCGAUUUGAGUUGCAUCGCGACGAUUGCUACGAUGGAAGCCUUUUUCCCUCUCGAAGAUCGCAGCAGCUAUCCGAAACUGUUUGCCUGGAUUGAACGAAUUAGCCAACUGCCUGACUACGAUCGGCUGAAUCAACAGGGAGCUAUCGAGUUUGCCGAGAUCUGCGAGUCGCUGCGUCUCAGCAAUGGUACCAAGGCAAACUACAUAUUUAAGCACACCAUGGAAGCAACAACUCAAUUGAAGUUGAUUCUGUAUUACGACGAUGUGAGUCCACCGGUAAGAAGUGUCAUGUUAGCGGUAGCCGCCCUGAACCUACAGGAUCGUAUUGAGUAUAAGUACGUCAACCUGUUCGCUGGAGAGCAUUUGAAGAGUGAUUUCGUAAAGCUGAAUCCACUCCAUACGGUUCCGGUACUGCGGUACGAGGCAGAAGACCUAACGAUUACCGAUAGUCAUGCCAUUUUACUGUAUCUCUGCGAAACGUUUGCAUCCACCGGUGAUGAUUUAGCCAUCGACAGUCCAGUCGCGAGAGCAAGAGUUAGCAAUCGGCUUUGCUUUAACAAUGGAUUCCUGUUUCAGCGUGAUGCCGAGGUCAUGCGUAAAAUUUUUCGCGGAGACAUCGCCGAAAUAUCCGCUGAUAUCAGGAAACCCCUCACCGAGGCGAUAGACGUGUUGGAGCAAUAUCUACAAGGUACGAAGUAUGUUGCAGCUGAUCAUCUCACGGUGGCCGAUUUUUCGAUAGUGGCCACUGUUAGCACGCUCGAUCUUAUUUUGCCCAUCAACGGUGUUCGUUGGCCGCGUGUUCACGAAUGGUUUGAAGUGAUGCGGGCUCUAACGUAUUACGAGCAGGCCAAUCAGGUGGGGCUGCAAAAACUGCGAGCCAAGUUGUGCACGAAAGUCGCUAUUUAAAGGUCAUGGAAGUAAAUAAUUUGAAGGCUACAAGUUCCACU